CAAACACUGACCGAUAAUGAAACUCUUCUCCGUCACCGUUUACUACGUGACUUCAGGAGGAAAGCCGGUGCUGCAGAAAUCUGCUGUAGACCUUUCUUCGUUUGGAUUUUUUCAACGGUCGAGUGUUCAAGAGUUUAUGCUGUUUACGAGUCAAGUGCUUGUCGAGCGCACAAAUCCUGGAGACAGAAAGACAGUUAAAGAACAAGAUUAUCGAUGUCACGUUUAUGUUCGCUCUGACAAUUUGGGUGGUACUGUAAUUGCCGAUCAGGAGUAUCCCCCGCGAGUCGCAUUCACCUUCUUGAACAAAGUUCUAGACCAGUACGCCGAAGACCAUCCCAAACACUCAGUAAAUUGGAGCAAUCCCGGUGGAAACCGCUCGUGGCCAGUUUUGGAUCAGUGGCUGAAGAAAUAUCAAAAUCCUCGUGAAGCUGAUGCAAUGAUGCGACUUCAGUCCGAACUGGAUGAAACGAAGAUAAUUUUGUACGACACUAUUGAUGCCGUUCUGCAAAGGGGUGAAAAACUUGACGAUAUAGUCAAGAAAUCUGAUGAUCUCAGUAUAGCAUCGAAAGCAUUCUAUAAAGAGGCAAAGAGGGCAAACUCAUGCUGCACCAUACUAUAGCCUCAAUCAGCCAAUUUUUGUAAGGAUCUCUGGUGACUGUUUAGCAUGUCUCACUUACUCACUGUUCUUUUAGUACAACACCAGUGUGUGUGUAUAGUGGUGUAUAAUGUAAUAAAUUUGAAUGAUAGUGUUGACUGGAAAUGAGCUGAUGAGAUAUUUCUUGACAUUCGGUGUGGUUGUGUGCUGGAAUGAAAGAUGUUGGACGGGUGUCAUUGUGCAUUUGUAAGAUCCUACUUGAGUAAAUGUUGAGGUUUGUUGCAAACGUGAUUGUAGAAUUGGAGGUAGUUGCUACUUCAUUGUAGUCAAUGAGCAAAUUGC